CCGGGGCUGCGGCUCUGCGAUGCACCGACAGGCUUGAGACCAGCGCUGCUGCUCGGCACUGCGGGCGGACUUAUCACACCGAUCCAGAGGACUUUUCUUGAGACAUCCGCGGUCUGCCGCCCGUUUUCAAGCCUCGUUUACCUUGCCUUGAAGAUGAAGUUAAAUACGAGCUGCCGUCAGGUGCAAGCCGCAUCCGAUGGAGCCCAUUUCAUCUCGUUCAUCGACCAACCCGAUGCAGCACUUCCUUAUGUUGCGGUCCCAGUUGACAGAUUCUGAUAUGGACUAUGAGAGACCAAACGUUGAAACUAUCAAGUGUGUGGUGGUAGGAGACAAUGCUGUUGGGAAGACCCGCCUCAUCUGCGCCCGGGCCUGCAAUGCCACACUUACUCAGUACCAAUUGCUUGCCACACAUGUGCCCACAGUCUGGGCAAUUGACCAGUACAGAGUAUGCCAAGAGGUACUAGAGCGCUCAAGAGAUGUGGUGGAUGAUGUCAGCGUGUCCCUUCGCCUCUGGGAUACUUUUGGAGACCACCAUAAGGACCGGCGUUUUGCAUAUGGCAGGUCUGAUGUGGUGGUGUUGUGUUUCUCAAUCGCCAACCCCAACUCUCUGUAUCACGUGAAAACCAUGUGGUACCCAGAGAUCAAGCACUUCUGCCCCCGUGCUCCUGUUAUCUUGGUGGGCUGUCAGCUGGACCUGCGCUAUGCUGACCUGGAGGCAGUCAACAGGGCACGGAGGCCUCUAGCAAGGCCAAUUAAAUCCAAUGAGAUUCUUCCUCCAGAGAGAGGCCGUGAGGUGGCCAAGGAGCUCGGAGUGCCAUAUUAUGAGACCAGUGUCGUGGCUCAGUUUGGAGUCAAGGACGUCUUUGAUAAUGCUAUCCGGGCUGCGCUGAUAUCACGCCGCCACCUGCAGUUUUGGAAAUCUCACCUCAGAAAUGUGCAGCGACCUCUUCUUCAGGCCCCCUUCCUGCCUCCAAAGCCUCCCCCACCUAUAAUCACUGUGCCUCCUCCCCCAACCACCACAGAGGAGCAUCCGGGGCGGCUUUUGGAGGACCCUCACUGUGCUGAUGUUAUCCUGGUCCUGCAGGAGCGACAGAAAAUCUUUGCGCACAAGAUAUACUUGGCGACAUCCUCUUCAAAGUUCUAUGACCUCUUUAUUAUGGACACGCAGCCCGAGGAGGCCGAGAAGCCCCCGCGUGGUCCUCUCUCUGGCCGAGAACUGCUGAUGCGUGCUGCUAGCUUUGAUGUUUGUGAGAGCAGUGACGACGGGGACAGGGCCAACCUGCGGGCCUGCACUAGCGAUGGAACCCUGAGGGACUCUGAGGGGGGCCGGCGGGGCAGGCUACUUUCCUCAUGGAGUCGAGCUUUUGUGAGCAUCCAGGAGGAGGUUGUUGAUGACCCAGUGACCUACAGCCCCAGACCCAUGACCGUGGUGCACAUGGACCAGUCCAUGCAGCUAGGGCCUUUUCGAGCAGUCCUUCGCUACCUGUACACAGGCCAGCUGGAUGAGCAUGAGAAGGAGCUAAUGCACAUUGCACACAUUGCUGAGCUGCUGGAGGUGUUUGACCUACGGAUGAUGGUGGCUAAUAUACUUAACAAUGAAGCCUUCAUGAACCAAGAAAUCACCAAAGCCUUCCAUGUACGCCGCACAAACAGAGUCAAAGAGUGCUUGGCCAAAGGAACCUUUUCUGAUGUAGUGUUCAAGUUGGACGACGGAACGAUCAUGGCCCAUAAGCCCUUACUCAUCUCUAGUUGUGACUGGAUGGCAGCUAUGUUUGGGGGGCCUUUUGUGGAGAGCUGCACUAAAGAGGUGCUGUUUCCCAAUACGACUCGCAGCUGUAUGAGAGCUGUACUCGAGUAUCUCUACACUGGGCGGUUUUGUUCUCGUCCUGACCUUGAUGCGAUGGAGCUCAUUGUUCUUGCCAAUCGUCUUUGCCUCCCCCACCUGGUUGCACUCACAGAGCUCUACACGGUAACAGUGUUGAUGGAGGCAGCGAUGAUGGGGGCUGACAUUGAUGGAGAUGUUCUGGUGUACUUGGAUAUGGCUCAGUUCCACUGUGCCCAGCAGCUCACUGGCUGGUGCCUUCACCACAUCUGCACCAAUUAUAACAGCGUGUGCCGCAAGUUUCCCCGAGACAUGAAGGCCAAGUCCACAGAAAACCAGGAGUACUUUGAGAAACACCGCUGGCCACCAGUGUGGUACCUGAAGGAGGACGACCACUACCAAAGAGCGCGGAAGGAGCGUGACAAGGAGGACUACCUGUACCAGAGACGGCAAUGUAAACGCAAGUGGCUCUUCUGGAACCUUCCCUCCUCUCCCUCCUCAAACUCUCCCUCUUCUGGUUCAUCUGCUGUGAUCUGACGCCGCGGCGGGGCCAGCUCCACUCUCCAUUACAGUGCGGAUGAGAGUGGUAAAUAACACACUAUAAGAUAAGCACUGCUGGCUAAGUAAGCCCAAUUAUUCAGGCCAACAAUUCCUCUCUCUGUUUGUUUGCCUCUGCGGUCAGACUGUCCUCUUCUAGGCUUGCAAAAUCAGCUCAGUCUGGCAGUGAAAGUAAUGAGCUUUUUUUUUUAUUUUUAUGUUGGCACACUGUAUCCAUUGCUGUAUAAGGACCGUGAGACUCAAACCUCAGUGACAUGAAACUUAUUGACAAAUGGCACAGUAUACUGGCGCAAAUGACAACUCAUUAUAUUGAUUGUUACAUGUUCCACCAAAAUGAGACCUGAGCUAUGUUUUUAAGAGGACUCUGCUGGCACAGAACUUAAAUCCCAUGAUCGUAAUUACCAUCAGUUAACCUGAACUGACAACCAAGUGCUGCUUAUCAGCUGCAAUGACCAGCAAUUCAACACAGAACUCAAGUCUCAGAGAUAUAACACUUUGCCCUUAAGUGUUUGUACAAUCUACCAAACUAUGUGUACAGAAUGAUCUCCUCAACAGCAACAGGAAACAAAAAUAAACUGAGCACGGCCUCCCAGGAAUUGCUGAUUCAAGUCAUACACACCAAGACAGCCCCACCGAUUAUGAGUUUAAUUCUAUUAUGAGUCAGUGAAAAUACUGGCAGGUGUGACUCCUGUUCAUUUUUGUACAGUCAUCCUAUUUUUUAAUGUUUGUGUACAAGCUUGCACAGCUAAUGGUGAUGUGAGUCUGGAUACACUCAGCAUUUAUGCAUUGUGGUCUUGUGAUUUGUGACCUCUUGUCACAAAAGGGCUUUAGUUUACAUGAAUGCAUUCAGUGUCCUACAAUAUGACACAAGAGAUCCCAAAUCAUGGAAAAAAAUAUCUGUAUUUCCUGUAAAAUGCCAGCGAAAACAAACCAGAUUACCAGAUUAUUUAAUGUAUAUGUUACUUGGUAAGACUUUUUUCUUGUUCCCACACAUACAACAUGAGUCAUUCAGUUUAACAUUGAAUGUCUCCAUCAGCUUGAUCACUGUCAUCCUGAAAAGCAACACACAAUGCAUCUGAUGCAUUUCAGAGUCAAUAGCUAUUAGCAGCAUUUCAGGACCUGGAGUGAGCGCAUGUCCCCGGCCAUCCUCCUGCGAUGGUGUGCUUGACUCAUCUGUCACCGGUUGUGAUUUGGCCUUGUCUUUAGGUGACCAUAGGAUGCUCCAUGACUGUCUGUGUGUAGCUAUUGAAGACUUGUACAUGCAGGAGGCUUCCUUGUGCCUGGGUGAUGUCAUCCAUCUUCUACACAUCUCUAGCACUUUCUGGACUCUUCUCCUCAGAGACCUACAAGAACCUCCAGUGGCAGCAUCCUGCUGAAAAGGCACUAAGGACAGUAUCGUGUCCUGACACAUGCUGCAGCAAAUCUGAAUGGGACUGGAGAGGCUCAUGAGAUAGGAUCAUGAUGUUUGAAAUGUUUCAGGAAAAGUUGUGAAGAGGUUUAGAUCAAAUCAUUUGACUUUUUCUCUUGAUUUCUUUUGCACAUUUCACAGAAUAUGCUGAAGAUUAUUCUCUGCUGCCGCUGUACUUGUCUGAAAGAUGGCCUACAGCAUUGUCAUCAUUUAUAAGCAUGGUGCUCAUUGAAUAUGGGUUGUUAAGUUGUGUAACAGAGAGAUAGAUUGCAAGUAACUUGCAUCAUUCUCAAUGUGCAGUUACCCUAAUACUGUGCACUGCAGGCAGUGAACAGACUAUAGUACAGUAUUACUCAGUAAUACAUAUACUGAAUAUAGACUUGACUUGCAUUUAAUUACUGUGCAGCUAUAUACUGUUGUCGAAAAUAACUGAAUAUUCAUUGUGGCUUUGCUUUUGGCUCAUAUUUUAAUAGAUCCUGGUGCAGGCCUCCAGUUACAUCUACUAUAUAUUAUACAUGCAAAUUGCAGACAGAGUUCAAAUGAUGAACAUUUGACCUACAGCUAAAAUAGGAACACAGUGCAAAAUAGACACGUUUGUAUGAAUGAAACAACAAAGUUGUUAUGGCACAUCCAUAAAACAUAUAUGCUACCGUGCUGACAUGCCAUUGCUUAUUCAAAAAAAAAAAAAAAAAAAAAAAGUAAAUACAGAUUGCAGCUUUUGCAGCAUAUGUUAAAGGAAGGCUUGCUUCAAUCCUGCAUAUGUGCACGAUUGGUUAGACUUAAGACUCUUCCACCUAGAUUUGACUAGACAGGUUUUAGAGCCCUACAAAGACCCUAAAAUUAUUAAGAGGUAUUAAUCAAUUCAAUGAAAAAAACAAACAGCAGCAACUUUUUUCUUGUAUUAAGUCAUGACCUGAUGACUAGAUUGCAUGAACAAGGCUUGCAAAAAUAGAUAACGCUUACUUGACAUCAUUUACAAUGUAAGAUAUAGAUGGGAAGUGGUAGUGCUGGUGCUCCAAGCAGUAGCUUACAUUGUUGACAUUUAUCUGUCUGUCCUAUCGUCGCUAAGUAAACAUGGGUACUAUCUUUUACAGUAUCUUCUUAAGUGUUCAAAUCUUUUGGCAUACAUAUUCAAAUAAUAAGCAGUGAGAAACCUCUCUCAGAGUCAUCUUAUGUGUGAAUGAUUCAUUUUAUUGCACUGGUUGUCUGUCAUGUCCCAUUUUUUGAUGACAUACGGUUUAUUGUAAUGGCUUAACUGCAGGAGGUUCUGUGUUAUUAUAGGGUUUUCUUUUGCCUUUCUGGCGCAAUCAGUCCAUUUCAGUCACACAGAUAUGCAUUUCAUUCCUUGGUGCAUCGCAUUUCUCAGUGAACCUCCUUCUGCUGAUGUUCUGCGUCAAAGACACCUCAUUGCCUUAAUGUACAGUGUAGUGUGUGGUACUGAAUGUAAAUAGUGUAACUGUUUUUACUAGGUUGUGCGCUAAACGUUUUCAGUUACCAUGGUACUCUAGGUUCUAUGUGCAUAUGUAAGCGUGCAUAUUACAUAAUGUGGAUGUUCAGUAACUAUGUGUGGUUUUGGGAGUGCUAUGAGAGUGUGCUUUUAAUAGUCUGAACAUUGCUUAUAGGUUUUAUGUUCUUUAGAUGCCAUGAAUGCAAAGCUGAGUUUAAUGGCUCUCACUAUCAAGGCCACGCUAGACCAACAUAAUGAUAAACCAUCAAUUUGUGACAUUUACCAUCAAAUGAAUGCAGGGAUUUCAAAUUUGUUUAAUCGUUUUACAAUUUGCUUAUGAUAACGAGCUCCCAUGUUGGAGCCAUCACAAAAUGCUGACUUGAUGUGGCAACUGAAAGCUGGAUUAUGACUCGAAAAUGUAAAUAUGAAUUGUAUAACGACUUGCAGUUCAAACAUGGCAUUGCAAUUGAUACUAGCUCUUGCAUAGUUCAACAUAGAUACUGUUUUUGUACUAUGCAGAAAUGCCUGACUAUGAAACCACAAACUUGCACUGCUUUGUAGCACCACGUGGUUCUUUACGGAUUAGAUGGUAUUGCAAAAUCAUUAGAUAAGUAGACAACAUCAGGUAAAAAAAAAAAAAAAAAAAAAAAAAUUAGACCAUAUAACAGAGAAGUUGUCUCUAAGGCCCUGUUUAAUUAUGUUCGGGUGCUAAUAUCACCGCUGCAGAGAAGCACAAACCAAAGGGAGCUUUAGCAGCACCAGGAAUAAGAAUAUAUGCUGCACAAUCACAACUGCAUAGUUUAAGAGGCCUUGUUCUGAAAUGGUUGAUUAAAAAAAAAAGAAAAAAAAGAAUGUUUUCUCAGUGUUCAAAGCCUGGAUGGCGUUUUCCCUAGUCAUCAGGUAUUUUGGUCGUUCAGAAGAGCUGUUUCUAUGGUUUAGCAGCUGUAAAAUCUGGAAUUCUGUAGCAUGUGUCCUUGAAAAUAUGUAAAUAAUGUUUGCUAAAUAAAAUGGAGCAAAAUGUG